CAGCAAACAUGAAAGUUCUGUUCGUCCUUGCCUUCUGUUUGGCCGUGGCUUCGGCUACACCUGCAAAACAACUAAAUGUAGGACCCCUGAGAGUUUCAUACUCCCCGAAUGCCGAGAGAACUUAUUAUGGACAAUCCUACGACCUAGGCACCCUCGGCUUCAGAUACUACGCGCCAUAUUAUUACGAUACGCCGUACUAUGGUUAUGGUGGCUACAAUAAUUACUACACUAACGACCGUUACUACAAGGGUCCGUACUAUGGCGACAAGACGCCCUACUAUGGUGCCAAUACCUACUAUGGUGACAAGACCCAGUAUUAUGGUGACAAGACACCCUACUACUACGGUGACAAGACCUAUUAUGGCGACAAGACACCCUACUACUACGACAAGACUCCCUACUACGGUGACAAGACUUACUAUGGCGACAAGACCGAUUUGACAUACAAGCAGGGACACAGAAACAGUGGACCCUUGAGACAGCAAGACGACGAAGCUGAAUACCAACGUUAAAUGAUCACCGCACUACGACUACCGUAUUUCUUCAGACCGUAUGAUCAUGUGAUGUCAAAUAUUCUUGCUAAUAAAUAGCAGUAUUUCAAAAUA